GAACUUGCAACCGAACACACGACCGACCUUUUCUUUCAAGUUCGUUCACGUUAUGGAUACUGCUCCUGGAAUUUUCACGGUCACGUCUGCCUACUCUCUUGCUGGAGUUGCAGCUAUAGGAGCUAUCGCGUACUCUGGAGCAAACUCACUGCUCCCAAAAAAUGCGAGAUGGCAGGACCGUUUCACGUUCAUCUGGCUGGCAUUUGAUGCAAUGAUCCAUUUCUCUUUCGAGGGUUCUUUUCUCUAUCUGUCUACCUUUGGGAGGUCGGUAAACACCAGCGUUGGGCCAUUCGCUGAACUCUGGAAAGAAUAUACACGCGCAGAUGCACGGUGGGGCACUUCAGACCCCACUGUCGUCUCUCUUGAGAUUCUGACAGUCCUUGGUGCUGGCCCUCUGUGCUGCUAUAUUUUGAAACAGCUGGUUAAAGACGACCCUGCUAGGCACUACUGGCUGGUUGUCCUCAGCACUGCUGAGCUGUAUGGCGGAUGGAUGACAUUCUGUCCUGAGUGGCUUACCGGAAGUCCGAGUUUGGAUACGUCAAACCCUCUUUACCUCUGGGUGUAUCUUGUGUUUAUGAAUGUCAUCUGGGUCGCGAUCCCGCUUUGGCUCAUGGUCGACUCUUAUGGUCACAUUGCUGGUUCUAUACGUCAAAUUCAGUCUGUAGCCAAAAGCAAGAAGCUCUAAGCGUCUUCGAUACUAACUCUCCAUAUAACCAAUAUCAAUACCAUUGCAAAAUUGCGUAGGGAAUCUGAGAUGAACAUAGGAAUACCUUUUACUCAGCUAUGAAAUCUUAUAGUUAGUACUCGUCAGAAUAUAUCAUAUGCAUAUAUUGGCGUAUUUGUUCCACUGUAUACGGUGCGCUCAGACAGUAUACGUAUGCGGUCAAAAAACAAAUCAAGAAGCACGGAAAAUAGAGUCCAAGGUCCAUACUAUUGAUGAGGAAGCGACACUACGUCGAAGAAUAAGGGAGGCAAUACACUAAUAUGUAAGCCUAACAAUGUGGGUACCGAGUCAAUAUCAAAUCAAGCUCGCAAGUCCGUGGGAAGUCCUUGUUCAAACUACAAAUGCCUCCAAAGAAAGAAAAUCCAAGAGGGCCAUUAUCGAGUGAAAGAUGGAGGGAGCAGAUAGUCAUCACAAGUAAUUAAUGGAUCAGGCAGCUCAAAGAGAGGGUGUAGUGAUGAACUGGGGGGAAGCAUUACCCGAGUCUCCAAAGAGGACGAUAAUGUUGUUCAUGCGGAUCGUAACAUUACUGGGGACUGUCACCACAACAGACCCGGUGUUCAGCGGGAAACCGGUUGCAAGAGGGUGGUGAAUGUCCAAGUUUUCACUGUUGUUGAAGUUGUAACCCAUCAAGAUAAGACCAGUAGAGUUAGCUUUCUCGGCAGGCAUGUUGCUGGUGUCCCAGGUGACAUUUUGAGUGGACCCUGCAGACCAGAUGGCAGCGAACUGAGGGCUCGUGACUUUAGGGCUCCAGACGAUGAGCUCGGUAGGGCUAAGAGGAGCUGCUGCUACGAGCGAAGAAGCAGCCAAAAUGACAGUUGUAAAAAGGGUGGCGAUAGAGCUGAACAUGAUUUUGCAAGGGUCGUAAAAACGAAGGAACGAGGUGCUGGUGAGCGAAAAAUUUAAGCCUUGAGGCGUCUGACGAUUUGGUCGUUUGUAAAGGAAGGAGAAGGAGAUACGCGUGUUGAGUUGUGUUUGUCCGUCAAUCUGCUCAUCACCGCGCCCGUAUAUUGUUCAAAAGGAGAUGACACUGCUAUGAUGUUUCGUAAAAUUUCUUGGCCACCAUCUAUAUCUUUUGCAGGUUGAAUUUAUAGUUUCCCGCGGGAGCUGCAUGAUGAAAACAAAUGUUGUCCAAGGCUACAAAAUUGCGGUCAGCUCGCUUUUGGAAUCCUACAAGUUCAGCGACGCCAACAAAAACCAAGAGAUUGUUCCAUGCGUAAUACGUGAUCGGGGU